AUGAGAAUACUAUGCGUUGCAGAGAAACCGUCUAUUGCAAAAGAGGUGGCAACCAUUCUAGGAGGCGGCAGGGUCAGCGUCCGCAACUCCAAGAACAAAUUCAUCAAAAACUAUGACUUUCAGUUCACUUUCCCACAAACGGGCCGCUGCGAUGUGACCAUGACAUCUGUGGUGGGACACAUCACCGAAACCGAGUUUGCUCCAGGGUACCAAUGGGGCAGCUGCGACCCGAGUGCACUCUUCAAGGCAAAGAUUAUAACCAAAGUGACCAAAAAAGAUGUGUAUGACAACAUUGGCAAAGAGGCACGAAACAUUGACAAGUUGAUGAUUUGGACCGAUUGCGAUCGCGAAGGCGAGUUCAUUGGCAAGGAAAUCUUUGACGCGGCCAAGGAGGGCAACAGGAGUUUAACUAUGAGCAAUGUUUGGAGGAGCCGGUUUUCUCACCUUGAACGGAGUCACAUUGUUCGUGCGGCAAACUCGCCCAUCAGUCUAGACUUGAGGCUGGUUGCGGCGGUGGAGUGCCGAAUAGAGGUUGAUUUUCGAGUGGGCACUAGCUAUACUCGACUAUUGACGGAGGCUUUGAGGUCGAACCUGAUAAUCGAAAAGAAAGAGGUGGCCUCGUACGGCACAUGCCAGUUCCCGACACUUGGGUUUGUCGUGGAUAGAUAUAACCGGGUGCAGAAUUUUGUACCAGAGCCGUUCUGGUACAUUGAGCCGUCUCUACGGAAGGAGAAUAAAAAGACUGCAUUCAACUGGGUGCGAGGGCACAUUUUCGACCGGUAUUUUGUGAUGGUCAUUUAUGAACAGUGUCUUCAGCACGAAUAUGGAACCAUAUCUAAGCUCGAGACCAAGAGAACCACCAAUUGGAGGCCGUUGCCGCUUACAACCGUGGAGCUACAAAAGGACUGCGCCAAGUAUUUCAAAAUGUCUGCAAAGGCAACGUUGGAAGCUGCAGAAAAACUAUACAACAAGGGUUUCCUAUCGUACCCAAGAACAGAAACGGACAAGUUUCCUUCAUCGAUGGACUUUAAGGGGAUCUGCGAGAACCAGAAGCAGGAUCCGAGAUGGGGCCCGUACACGGAGCUCUUGUUGUCGCGAGGGCUCGAGAGUCCACGCAAUGGGUCCCACGACGACCACGCGCACCCGGCAAUCCAUCCUGUCAACUAUGUUUCCAUCGAUAGUCUACAAAGUGCCAACGAGAAGAAAGUUUACGAGUACGUUGUGCGGCGCUUCUUGGCGUGUUGUAGCAAGGAUGCCAUAGGGAGCAUGACACUGGCUACGCUUCAGUGGGGGGACGAGUUUUUCACAAGCAAAGGAUUGAUGGUGUUGGAGAGAAAUUACCUAGACAUUUUCACCUACAAGAAAUGGGAGAGUUCCAAGCAGUUGCCCGCUUUCCAAGAAGGAGAACGGGUGAAAAUAUCCAACGCCAUACUCGGCGAGGGCAAGACGAGCCCGCCGCAGUUGAUGACGGAACCCGAGCUAAUUGCAUUAAUGGAUGUGAAUGGAAUUGGAACUGAUGCGACAAUCGCUGAGCAUAUCGACAAGAUCAUCUCCCGAAAUUACGCCACCAAGCAAAAGAAGAACAAAAGCGAAUACAUUGUGCCGUCGCCACUUGGUAUUGGGCUAGUUGAAGGUUUUGAUAGAAUGCAGUUUGAAGGAAUCUCGUUAUCGAAGCCGAUCUUGAGAAAAUCACUCGAGGCCUGCUUGCAAGAAAUCUGCAACGGCGAAAAGACCAAAACAGAGGUUGUAGAUUCCAUGUUACAAGUCUACUCCAACGCUUUUCGCACAUGCAGGCAAAAGAUUUCCGUAUUGGCAGAACAAUGUAGAUCAAGUAGAACAUGA